AUGGACGGGUCUCGCAUACAGCCCGGAAACUUCAAGGAGAUCUAUACAAAAGCCUGCGAAACCUUCACCCACAAGCUUCAAUGCCAAGUAUUCGUUCUCCUGAGUUCAUCUCCCAGUCCUGAUAUAGAGGACGUCGCAACACGGUUGGAGGAGCUGCGCGAACGCAUCGUUCAGAUUGGGUUCAUGGGCGAGAUUGGCGGAUUUGGUGUACGGGCUGAUAACCGCGUGCGUGCGCGUUGGGGUCCGCUUCCUAUUAAGGAGGUUUGCUUUGAGAUUAAGUGGGAACUGACUGUUCUCAUAGAGGAACUUGCUAGGGACGGAGAUUCGCUGAUACUUGCGGAUUUACUGAUAGGGAUUUUGGACGUGUUGCCUUUUUAA